CAUGCCUGCCGAAUCCUCACACGCACCUCCAGGCGCUGACCCACAUCACCCGCGUCAUCCAGGGACAUGGCAUCGUCACCGCCGCCCGCGCCGCGGCGGCUGCCUCCUAGCAAGCUACCUAUGAGCAGUGGGGAUCGCAGCACGGCAUCCACCAAGCGGCGAGCGAACCCCGCAGCAGCUGCGAGCUGGGCUGCUGCAGCUGGUCCAGCGCGGGUGACGCGUCCGGCGAGCCGGAGAAGCGCCGCGCCACUGUGCGACUGCCGUGGCCACGCUGCAUCUUAGCGGCGGUGCUACACGCUAUGAAACAAGCUAGGCCGUCAGCAUGAGCUUUGGCGAGAGGUCAACCGCGGCGGGCGAAGAGCCUGGAACGCCAAGCUGAGGCGCCUCAGACGCGUAAGGACUCUUAAGGUGGGCUUAGCACGUGCGAGCUGCUGCAGGCCCGCGAAACGGCCAGGAAGACGGAGACCCGCCGCCCCGUUAUUGUCGUUUUGGCGCGCGAAUUCGUCAAUUGGUGCGCGGUAAGCAGGCUACACGGUAGGAUGUUGCAGUGAUCGUAUGCUGCCUUCCUUAGCUAAACGGGGGCUAGCAGUCGUAGACGUGCCUGGGAAGCCGUGUCAGCUGUCGGGCGGGAUUUGCCAUGCAAGCUUCGGAUUGGCCC